GUUUCAGUGAGGGGAAAGCAGAUCUUCAUUUGCGCUUUGUCUUUAUCAACAUCCCUAUAAGUAGGCUAUAUGUCGUUAAUUAAGACGUUAGGCGGUUAAAUUAAUAACCUUAGUGUAUCAUUAUACAAACGUAGCUUAACACCUUUUGAAAAAUGCUUCAGUCUUUAGCCAGCAAUUCUUGUGUGCGUUUGAUACAGAGUCACAAAUCGACGUGGUAUUUUGUAUCUCUAGUGGUAGGCUAUCUCCUCUACCUCAUAUUCGGCGCGGUUGUUUUCUCUUCGGUCGAGCUGCCAUACGAAGACCUCCUGCGCCAGGAGCUAAGGGCCAUUAAAAAGCAGUUCCUCCAAGAAAAUGAAUGCCUCUCCGAGCGCUUGGAGCAGUUUCUUAAGAAAGCACUGGAGGCCAAUUACGGGGUUUCCAUUCUCAAUAACGCCUCGGCUAACUGGAACUGGGACUUCACCUCAGCGCUGUUUUUCGCGAGCACUGUGCUGUCCACCACAGGAUAUGGGCACACAGCCCCACUCUCAGAUGGUGGGAAGGCCUUCUGCAUAAUUUACUCAGUGAUUGGCAUUCCCUUCACCCUUCUCUUCCUCACUGCUGUGGUGCAAAGGAUCAUGGUAUUUAGCACACGGAGACCGAUUGUGUACAUCCACACACGCUGGGGCCUGUCCAAGCCACUGGUGGCCAUCGUUCAUGCCACUGUGCUCGCCACGUUGGCCGUCUCUUGCUUCUUCCUCAUCCCUGCCGCCAUCUUCUCGGCCCUGGAAGAAAACUGGAACUUCCUUGAGUCCUUCUACUUCUGCUUCAUUUCGCUCAGCACCAUCGGCCUUGGAGACUACGUGCCUGGAGAGGCUGUGAAUCAGAAGUUCAGGGAGCUCUACAAAGUGGGAAUCACUGUCUACCUGAUCUUGGGUCUCAUAGUCAUGCUAGUGGUGCUGGAGACCUUCUGUGAGCUGCAGCAACUGAAACAGCUCAGGAAAAUGUUCUACCUGAAGAAGGAGAAGCCACAGGACCGCCUCGCCAUUUUGGAACACGAUCACCUCUCCUUCACUACGGUGUCCAACAGUGGCACAGCCCAGAGUGAGGACAAAACCCAGACGUUUGUUAGUGUCCCGACUCUGGCCUCUCCCAAUGAUGAUCCUAUGAUUCAGUAAAGAUCAGUGGUGUAAACACUUAGUAAGGGAUGCAAAUGUAGAAGUGGGGUGGUAAUGCACCCAAGACUACUGGCAGAGAGAAGGAGUAGAUCUUAGCUGCAGGCAUUCUUUAACACUCAACCCUGCAAAUUAUAGUAGUAAAAAAUACGAGACUUCUCAGAUCAAACAAACGUUUUCCUUUAGUGAACCACAAUACUGACAAUAGUGUUACGCAGCAGAGAUUAAAUUUAUGUAUAUUAAUAAGGGAGAAAAUGAAUAUUGUAACAGUGACUAUAAAUACAAAGACAGCGAUAAAAGAAAAACAUUCUGCUGUAUUACCAUCUUGCAGAUGUUAAACACCAUUGGGAGCUGCAUUAUUUAUUGCAUAUUUAGGAAUAUUUCAAAAUUAGGGGCUCUUGAAUCUAGCUAAAUGCAGGACAAAUCUCUGUUGUCUGUCUCAAAAUAGUACAUAAACAUGUAUGCGUCUUGUAAAUAGAGAUGCUUGACAGGUAUGUGGAAUGUACAUAAUCAGUCAUUGUUUAAAAUGUACAUUACAGUGGCGCCUCCAGUUAUUCCACGUCAUGAAGAUGAUUCAACGUGAUGUUAAAACAUCUAAAAGCAACUAAUCGUUUUAGCUAUUUUAAGUUAUUUUGUUUACUUGAAAUGUGUCGUCACAUCUUUAUGUAAAAGUUGUUUUUUUUUAGGUCUGCUUGGUGCAGACUAAUGAGAUUGUUGCUGGGUAAUCUCUGCAGCACUUUAUUGCUCUCUUUGCUGUUGAAUUAGCUUCUGCUGAGUUUCAGGUUCCUGUUGUUUUUUUUUGUUUGUUUGUUUGUUUUUUAACAUAUGGGUUUCACAAUUGAUUGAUAUGCUGAAAACAUGAUUUUUGUGAGCAAGUUAAACAGGCUUUUUGCUAAGUAGAAACACUUUGCAAACAUGCGGUUUUUAGUCUGCUUGGUUCAUCUUCAUAGAGGUGUUCAAUAUUUCGGUUGCCCCUCCUCGCUGUGACUUUUCAUCACGAGGGGAAAAUAUUGGUGUAAUUUCUCAUGUAGCAGCUCUGUUUCAGAAUUAUUAUUGUGCCAAGCACUAUAAUUUAUUGAUUCAUCUGAAUGGCUUAAUGUGUGCUGAAGCGUCUGAAAAUGUUAGCCCAGCUCAAACAGGGAACUACAGAGAGCUGGCCCGUGGCAUUUUACCUUCAACAAAGAGAGCUCAGUUUGCACGUGGACCAGAGUCGGGCAGCGAUACAAGAACUCCUAAAGAAAACAUUAGGUAUUUUUAAUGGAAGGAACUUUUUUUUUCAUGGAUAGUCUUUAAAACCUGAGAAUUGCUCUAAGUUAAAUUAAUCGUGUUGAGCAGAAACUAUUUUAUUGUAGGUGCAAAAUUUGAAUGUGGCAGUGCUUAUUUUUGAAUAUUACAUUGGAAAGGUUUACAACAUUUUGCUGUUAAUUAAAGCAAUUCUGUUCUAUAAAUGGUGGAAUAGGAAAUUAGGAAAUUCUGAACUCCACAGUAGGAGUGCAGCUAAAUCCCAGCUCUUAUCCACCACCUCAGUUGGACAAGAGGAUGUCAGAUGUACUAAUUUCAUGUCAUUAUCCGUCCUUUUAUCUGUUUGGUGCAAACAGGCGACCACUCAAACAGCGAUGCAUACUGCUGUAAUGAAAACUUCUCAUCAUGUAAACCUUUAAUAGAAGCGUCUGCAGUUUCUCUGAACUGUAACAAUUGCAGUCUGUUUAAGGGAGCGGAAGUUCUGACCUCAUCUUUCUCAUUGGGUUUUGAAUGUAACUUUUUUUUAAUGCUUUUUGCUACGUGACAUUUAAGGUCUGUUGAGAGUGCAGAGACACUGGCUGCUCUGCUGGCUCUAAUUUCAGUUUCAUUUGUUUGGAACAGUGCAUACAGGUGUCAUGACUUGAAAGAUUACCACUUGAGUUGGGCACUGAUCUGUAAUAUUGUGUUCUAUAGUUCAGUGGUUCUCUCGCUUUCUAUUUUUUUUUUUUACCAGUCCGGUCCUUCGCGAAACUGUGAAACACUGAUACUGUUCAGAUUGUCUCUCAAGAAGAAGAACUUAAACUUGGGAGUUUCUCUUUUACUGUCAGAUGUUUAAUUGCAGGCAGAUUAUGCAGAUUGAUGUCAAGGCUUUGAUACUACAUGUAUGUGCAUGCAGUCUGUCAACAUGCACACACAGUUUGUCUUAAAGGCAGAAGCUGUCAGGUGAGGUAGUUCUAGCUUUGAUCAGGGAAUAAACAUUGUGUGAAGGAUUAAAAAUGGAAGCACACUGACAUUAUUUAUUCAUGCUCAGAAAUGGCAUGUUUGGAGUAUUUGGAUUCAUGAGUUUUUGUACAUAUCUCUUCUGCAGUGGAUACUAUAUAUUCACAUUUGUUGUUAAGUAUUUUAGUGUUGCAGUACUAUGGUUGUACAUGAUUGCCGCUGAGUACAUGAAGUUUUACAUGAAGUUUAUUUCAGCAUAAGAAACAGAUAAACUGUAAAGUGUCAGCAUGUCUUAAAUAAAGUGUUUGUUUGUUAUUAA